AUGGUUUCUUUGCACCGGCUAGUUCGCCGUGGUGAUGGGAAGGAAUUAAACUCUACCACCAUUAAUCUUCUGAUAUCUCUGCUGGUCUUAAUUUUGUUUGGAAUCACCUUGGUCUCUGUACUUUUGCUUCUCCGCAAGAAACGCCGUGCCGCCAAAGCCGUCGAUAUCGAACAGGCCAAUCAACCCUCGCACCACCGCCGACUCACCAUCACCGCUACUCCAUAUAGUGGCAGAUCGGAGUCCGUCUAUGUCAUCGACGAAAAGCGAAAUCUUGUCGAGAACUCAUCCAGCCCUCCGUCAAGCCCUGUUCCUGAAAUCCGCAUUACAUUCCCUGAGGAGGAGGAUACUAAUGGCAGACGCAGGCCAGGAAGUGUUGUUGUCGUCCGCAUUGGCGAGAAGGGUGGAAUCGGCCUAGAACCAUGCCCAGAACAGCUGCCCCCAUACCCAACAGACAGCUCAGAUAGGUUCCAGUCCCUCGAUCUCAAUCGUAUGGGUGGACUAAAAGAGAAAGAUGAUACCAAACGAUACUCAUAG